UCUCCACCUUUAGGCCUCCACUAAGCGGCUCCCAACUCUAUAAUUACCCAGCUCAACGCAGCACAAGCUCAACAGCAUCCACAAACUCUUUCUCAUGGCGCCUUCUAGGGUUCUUGUUGUUGUUUUACUACUGUUCAUUGGUGCGGUUGCCUGCUCUUCAGCAGCUAGGAUUCUCUUUACACCGGAGGGACUACCUUACGGCCCCGGCCAUGGUAUUGGCAAUGGUCACGGUGCCGGCAGCGGAAUUGUUGGUGGAGGUGGGGGUGGCGGCGGCUCCGGCGGAGGAUAUGGAGCUUCUGGAGGGCAAAAUGGUGUUAAUGUUGGUGACCAUGGCUCUGGCUAUGGCAGAGGGAGCGGCGG